UUGUGUGAGUUCGGUCGAUUCUAUUUAGAAAUGACUUUCUCUUUCCUUAUAUUUUGCUUCAUAUUUUUGUGGCCAAUUUCUGUUGUAGCUCAAAUUGCUGGUAAUGUAAGUGUAGGCGCUUCUCUCCUUGCAACUGAAUACUCAUCUCAAUGGUUGUCUCCUUCUGGGGAUUUUGCCUUUGGUUUUCGCCAAGUCAACAACAAUAAAGAUCUCUUCAUUGUUGCCAUCUGGUAUAACAAAAUACCAGAAAAAACCAUAGUUUGGUAUGCCAAUGGCGACAGGCCUGUCCCAAGGGGAUCAAAACUUGAACUAUUUUUGGAUAGUGGGCUGGUACUUAAUGGCCCACAGGGUGAAGUGUUGUGGAGUGCUCAGACCAUAAACACUUCUUUUGUUGCCUACGGUUUUAUGAAUGAUACUGGCAACUUUGUGCUUCUGAAUGAGAAUUUACUUGUAGUUUGGGAGAGCUUCAAGAAUCCAACUGAUACAAUGUUACCAACUCAGAUACUACAGAUAAACGAGGUCCUUGCUUCUCAUCACAAGGAGACUGAUUUCUCAAGAGGAAGGUUCCAAUUUCGUUUGCGUGAAGAUGGAAACGUUGUGCUCACUCCCAUAGAUCUGCUAUCCAACAACACUUACGAUCCAUACUAUAUCACCAAUACCGGUGAUACAAGAAAUUCAACAAAUUCUGGUUACCAAGUUAUCUUUGACGAAAGUGGCUACUUUUAUGUAUUGAGUAGAAAUAAUACAAAAUUUUAUCUCACCCCGGAAGAGAAAGUUCCUGCUGCAAACUCUUAUCAUAGAGCAACUCUCAAUUUUGAUGGAGUUUUUACCUUGUCUUAUCAUCCAAAAAAUUUUACCGACAACCAAAGUUGGACUGUUAUCAAGACAAUUCGAGAAAAUAUUUGCAGGUCAAUCUAUGGAGAGAUCGGAAGCGGGGCUUGUGGAUACAACAACGUUUGUAUACUCAAAAAUGAUGGCAGGCCAAUGUGUAAAUGUCCACCAAACUAUUCUUUGCUUGAUCCUGAUGAUGAGUACGGUAGCUGUAAACCAGAUUUCAUACUAGGCUGUCAAGCAGAUGGCCUAUGGUCCCAAGAAGAUCUAUAUGAUAUGGAGGAGCUACCUAAUACAGAUUGGCCAACUUCUGAUUAUGAACUGUCAGAGCCUUUUACUGAACGACAGUGCAGAGUAUCUUGCUUGCAGGAUUGCAUGUGUGCUGUUUCCAUUUUCAGAAAUGGGGAUAAAUGUUGGAAGAAAAAGCUACCACUGUCAAAUGGAAGAGUUGAUAACCUCUUUUAUGGGUUAAAGGCUUUUGUCAAGGUUUCGAGAGGUGAUCAACCUCAACUUAAUCCUCGUUCUUUGAUACCAAAAAAGAAUGCCCAACAAAAGAGUAAAAACAAAUUGAUAAUUUUGUUGGCUGUGCUUCUGACAAGCUCAGUCAUUGCUAGUUCAUUGGGUUUCAUAUUCAUUUACCGCAAUAAACGCACAAGAGUUGAUCGGGAUACUAGUGUGGAGACAAACUUGCGUUGUUUCGCCUACAAGGAGCUCCAAGAAGCUACAAAUGGAUUCAAGCAUGAGCUGGGAAGGGGAGCUUUCGGUGUAGUCUACAAAGGAACAAUAAGACAGGGGUCCUUUGUUCAGGUUGCAGUGAAGAAGUUAAAUAAUGUCGCACAAGAUGGUGAGAAAGAAUUUAGAACUGAAGUAAAUGUUAUUGGCCAAACCCAUCACAAGAAUCUUGUUCGACUACUUGGAUUUUGUGAAGAUGGGCCCCAAAGAUUGUUGGUAUAUGAGUUCUUAAGCAAUGGCACCUUAGCAAGCUUGCUCUUCGGUGAGUUUAAACCCAGUUGGAAUCAAAGAGUCCAAAUCGCUUUUGGCAUAGCAAGAGGACUUUUGUACUUACACGAAGAGUGUAGUAAUCAAAUUAUCCAUUGUGAUAUAAAGCCUCAAAACAUACUUUUAGAUGAGUACUAUAAUGCUCGCAUUUCAGACUUUGGCUUGGCUAAGCUUCUGUUCCUGGACCAGAGUCAAACCAGUACGGCCAUUAGAGGAACAAAAGGAUAUGUUGCACCCGAAUGGUUUAGGAACUUGCCCAUCACAGUAAAAGUGGAUGUCUACAGCUUUGGUGUCUUGCUACUGGAGAUCAUUUGUUGUCGAAGAAGUGUAGACACAGAUGCAUCAGGAUCAGAGAAAAUUAUUUUAACUUAUUGGGCUUUUGACUGCUACCAAGAAAGAACGUUAGAUGCCCUUGUUGAAAAUGACAUGGAAGCUUUAAAUGACACAGAGAAGCUGGAGAGGUUUGUGGCGAUUGCCAUUUGGUGCAUACAAGAAGAUCCUUCUUUGCGUCCCACCAUGAAGAAGGUGACUCAAAUGCUUGAAGGGGUUCUUCAAGUUCCUAUUCCACCAUGUCCAACUCCAUUUAUCAUGACCAACUAAAGGCCGCCAGAUAGUAUUUUUCUUUGCACAACAUUUUAUCAUCAAAUUAGCUGUUUUUUUUUCUCAAAGUUUCCUCCUGUAAGUAAUUUGCAGUGAACUUUAUACCAUCUUGUAGUUUUAGAUA